AUGACCACUCACAAAGCUCAAGGUCAAACAAUGGAGCGGGCAAUUAUGGAUUUCGAGGGAUGUACUGGAACGGAAGCUCCAUAUGUCAUGCUAUCCCGUGUGACUUCGUUAGGAGGCUUACUAGUUUUACGACCUUUCAAUCAAAAAAAGAUCUGUUGUUGUCAAAGUGAAGACACACGAGUGGAAGAAAAAAGACAGAGUAUACUUGCACAACAGACU